CAGAACAUGUUCUGAUGGUGCACUCUACUGACGACUAACAGCGCAUUGCUGUGAAAGUCGUAAACAGUGAUACCCGCGAGGAAGCAGAGGAGCCUGUGCCUGCCGACGUAUUGAUGCACGACCCUCGGCACCACUUCCAGCAAGUCCCGCGGCAGGGCAUGCUCACCAAGAAGGACAAAAAUAACUGCAUUCUUCCAAUGCGGGGAUGGUCGCAAAACCCAGGCUUCUACCAGAGCGAUAUCCACAUUUACAUAGAGUACGCACUCUACGGUUCUUUGAGCAGCCUGCUACAGAAGUUCACGUCCGCGAACAAACUCGUUCCGGAGCCCUUUAUCUGGUACACGGCGAGAAAGUUGAUCCAGGCUUGCCAGUUGAUGGAGGAGAACAUGAUGAUACAUCCGGACAUCAAGCUGGAAAAUAUUUUUUGUAUGGAGGCCCAUCCAAACCGUGACUUCCCAGCAUUCUGCAUGCCGGUAGUGGGCGACUUUGACCUUAUGGUACCACUAAAUUACCAUUUCACACAUACGGUGGGAACCUAUGGCUGGCUAACUCCCGAACAAUUAAACAACGGUCACGCCACCCCUGCACUCCAUGUCUACGCCAUCGGCCUAAUCCUCUGGUCGCUAAUGCGCAAGCGCCCCCACGGCACGAUCUACAACACCACACACGGGUCCCUCCGCGAGGGUCCGCUCCCCGGCCACGAGCCCGGCGACACUCCCCCUCUCCCCGCCGACAGCAGGAGACUAUACAGCACGAGGCUGGAGAAGUUUGUGGAAGACCUCUUGGUGAAAGAAGUUGAUAGCAGGAUGUCGUUGCAGGAGGUGAGCGAUGCGGUGGAGGAAGGACUUCAGAAGUUGGAGGCGAGGUAUCCCGGAUUGAAGACGAAGAGGAGGGAGGAUGGUGGGUGGCCUGGGUUUUGGGACGUGAUGGGUAGGGAGGCGGACCAGUUUAGGGUGGAUAGGCGCUGGAAGAGGCAUCGGUGGGGGGAGGAGAGUGGCGGGUCUCAAAGGAAUGGAUUCGAAGGACUGGCUUAAUCCAUCGAAACGGAGAAGUGGCUAGGCGAUCUAAGAAAUGCACUCUUUUUUGGCCUCUACAGCGCUAUUACGGAGUAAGUGAAUGUGGGAAGCUUGGUUCCGGAAUUCACGCUCCCGCAAAGACGUAGCUGAGGAGGAAGGUGUGUACGAUUCCAAAUCUGGAUACGUAAAUUUGGGUUGCAUUCCAGACACCUCCUUUAUU